CUUAACAUUUAAGUUUUUAACACUUACAUACAGUCCAAAUGUUAUCACAAAAAAGUACAUACAUUAAAAAUAUUAAGCAAUGAAUAGGAAACGACUAAUUACGAGAAUAAAUAUUUGAUAUAACAGGGUAUCAUGUUUGAUAAUGUAAUAGUUACAAUUAAAAGAGGUAGCUAUAUUCUUGUGUUGUUAACCUUUCUCAGUAUCAAGAAUCAUGAUUUCGCUCAGCAAAGUCUUGAAUUAUGACCAAAUGGUAGAUAUUUCCAAAGAAUUUAGCAGAUUAAGAGAAAGGUGCUAUUUAGAAAAUGCUGGGGCUGCAUUAUACCCAGCUUCACUUCUUCAGAAAAUUAAUGAAGAUUUUACCAAUAAUGUUUAUAUGAAUCCACAUUCUGAUAAAUAUACCAAAGACUGUAUUGAACAAAUAAGGUGUUUAAUACUAAAACACUUUAAUACUGAUCCAUCAAAUUAUAGUGUGAUAUUUACAUCUGGUACAACACAGUCACUUAAACUAGUUAUAGAGUCAUUUCAAUUCUCAAGUGAGGAAGUCGAAUUGAAUCAAGGUUCCUUUGUGUACUUAAGAGAUAACCAUACCUCUGUUAUUGGUUUAAGAGAAAUAGCUAAAGAAAAAAAUGUUAAUGUUAUACACAUUUCUCAAGAGGAGUUUUUAAAAUCUAUUAAGAAUUCUGUAACAUCUUUGAAUGCGUCAAGUGACAGAAAAGGCAAUUCACUUCUUGUAUAUCCAGCUCAAAAUAAUUUUAAUGGUUACAAAUAUCCCUUAGAUUGCAUAGAUAAAAUUAAAAAUGGAUGUCUUAAUAGUUAUCUAAAAAAACAAUUAUGUGGAACAAGCUGCAACUGGUAUAUUCUAAUUGAUGCAGCUUCAUAUGUCUCUACCAAUAAACUAGAUCUAUCAAAGACACAACCUGAUUUUGUAUGUCUAUCAUUCUAUAAGAUUUUUGGAUAUCCAACUGGACUAGGAGCCCUUAUAGUUAAAAAUAAAAGUAUACCUGUUUUAAAUGGGAAGAAAUACUUUGGUGGUGGUACAGUGGACAUUGUUUUAAGUAGUGAAGACUUCCACAUAAAGAGAGAAACAAUAUGUGAAAGGUAUGAAGAUGGAACAGUUUCUUUCUUAUCUAUUCUUGCUUUAAAGCACUGCUUUGACACAUUAUAUUCCUUAAUACCAAAAAUUGUAAAUAACGAUGUUAUGGAGACUAUUUCCCAUCACACAUUUUAUUUAGCUCAAGACUUCUAUAAUCAACUGAAGAUAUUAACACAUGAAAAUGGAAAUAAAGCUGGACAUUUGUAUAUGGAUUCAGAUUUUACAGAUAUUUCUAAGCAAGGAUCCAUUGUUACAUUCAAUUUAAAGAGAAAGAAUGGAUUAUUUGUUGGAUAUGCUGAGUUUCAGCACAUGGCCGAUUUAUUUAACAUCAGUGUGAGAACAGGAUGCUUUUGCAAUUCUGGCACUUGUCAAAGGCAUUUAAAUGUCAGUAAUAAAAGUAUGAAGGCUAUGUAUAAUGCUGGACAUAAAUGUGGAGAUGAUAUUGAUUUACUUAAAGGAAAACCUACUGGAGCUAUAAGAGUCUCAUUUGGAUAUUAUAACACAUUUCGAGAUGUUGAUAAAUUGAUUAAUAUGAUAUGUAAAUGCUUUGUUAAGAUUCAAAUUGAAAAGCCUAUAAGAACUUUGAAUAUCUAUAAAAGCAGUCAAACACCGAUAAUAGAAAAGCAGCUUGAAAAUAUUUGUAAAUUAAAUGAAGAAUGUUAUUCCAUAACUUAUACAGGAGUAGCAGAUAUUACUUUAAUGGAAAUUGCUAUAUUUCCAAUAAAAUCUUGUGGUGCAUUUAAAAUUAAUAGACACUGGAAAAUCGGACCUAAGGGAUUUCAAUUUGAUAGAGAAUGGAUGGUUGUUAAGGAUAAUGGUGUUUGCCUAACACAGAAACAAUGCCCACAAAUGUGUACAGUUUGCCCUGAAAUCAACUUGGAAAGGCAAUCUAUGAUGUUACAUUGUCAAGGAAUGCCUUCAAUAUCAAUACCAUUAGAGCAAAUCUCAACAAAUGAGUACAAAGAAUCAUCACUUUGUCAUAGUAAAGUAUGCACUGAUAUUAUAAAGGGGACUGAUUGCGGCGACGCUGUAGCUGAUUGGAUUUCAAAUGCUCUAGGAAUAGCAUUUCUGAGAUUAAUAAGACAGUCGAGUAACGACACUCGAUCACAAAAGAAAAAGAAUGAUGGGAGUAAUAAACUAUUAUCAUUGAGUAACCAAGCCCAAUUUCUACUCGUAAAUAAAGCUACAGUAAAAUGGUUGAGAAAUAAAAUAGAUGAUCCCUUGUUCACGGACGACAUAGAUUCUUUAACUGAUCGCUUCAGAGGUAACUUGAUAAUAGAUAUGGCACAAGAGCUAGCAGAAAAGGAGUGGCAAAAAGUUAUUAUAGGAGAUCACUUAUUUAACAUUGAUGGCCAGUGUCCACGCUGCCAGAUGGUUUGCAUUGAUCAAAAAACAGGACAGAAGACAGUUGAGCCCCUGAGAACAAUAUCUGAACAAUUUGCUGGAAAACUUCGCUUCGGAAUUUAUUUGAGCUACGCUGGCACAGUUAACGGUUCAAAAUCUUCGAUUUUGAAACGAUACGCACAAGUAGUGCCAAUAUACAAUGAUGUUAGUAAUAAUACUAGUAGGUAGGGUUAAUUAGUUUUUUUUUAUUUUUUAUUCAAAUUUACUAACAGUGAAAUAUUGUCAAGUUUUUAAGCUUAGAUUUUUUGUUACACCCUUUUCUCUCCGCAACUAUUAAUAAAUAUUUUCUCUUCAUGGAAGCUAUGAUAGUUUUGCUUCGCAAAUUUUUCUAGAUUGUGAGUUGAAGUUUACCUUUUUUAUGAUUAAUUAAUCGAAUUUAAUAAAAAAUAAUUAGUGUUAACUAAAUGUAAAAAUUAAGUAUAUAGAAUAUUACAUAACAGGGUUUGUGCUGCCUUCCAUUAUACAUUGUUAAAAUGAAAGAAGUUACUUCUAUUUAGUAUAACAAAACUAUUACAGCUAAAUAAAUUUAAGUAUGUAAGAGUGAUUUUGCAUUAUAAGAAAUGGUUAGAGAUGUACCAUAUUUGUUGUUUAACAUACAGAUGUUCUCAAUUUAUAUUUUGAUAGUAAUGGAUUUAAUAGCUACUAUAUUUUUAUAGUUUAUAUUUGCACUAUGGUUGUUAAUUGUUUUGUCUUGCCAAUAUUACUUUAUAUUCUAUUAAAAUAAACUGUGAUUUAACUAUUUACACUUUAUAUAAAUUUAAUGAAAGAUGUGUAUUAUAGAUGAAUAAAGAAUUCUAUAAAAGCAUAAUCUUUCAGGUGACAUAUAUUUAGCUACUUGUUACUUUUGUUUUGUUGUCUUGAUAUGUACGUAUUUUAAAAUUAAUAACAAAUAUGUAUUUAUAUUUACAAAUAAUAUAUUUCAUCAUUUACAGUUUACUUUAUUUUAAGUGUUUUGUCAACCAUUUCUAGAUUUGAUGAUGUUGUUGAUUUUCUGAAUAUAUCUAUUGAAUGACACAAUUAAUUGGCUGUUGGCCUUUUAUUUCCUUGGGUUCCAACCCUUUUGAGACAUCACUAACAACAUUUACAACUUCUUCAUAAUCUGGUAGAGCCAUAGUUUGAAGUUUUGAAUACACUAAUUUAUCAUUAAUUACUACUUCAAAUGAUCCUGAAAUAAGUACUUUGUAAUAAAAUGUUUUAACAAAAAGCAGUUAAAUUCCAUAGCAUGUUAUUUGAUACAGCUUUGAAGUAAUUGUUUUGUGUGAGAACUCACUGGUCUGUGUCAAUAGUGAUUUACAUGACAAAUUAAUAAACAAAAAUUGUAAAAGUUAAAGUAAUUAGGUACUUAACCUUGUCGACCUCGUUUACAAUAAAUAUUAGCACCUGGA